AUGUAUGCCCCCAUCAUCGUCCUUCUCACCGCUUUCGGCGCUUAUGCGGCUGCUCAAACCCCAACCCAAACCACAGCACCAACCAUAACCGCUUCAUGCCCAUCUUUCACGACACCAUCAUGCUUGGCGCUCAUAGACUCCCUAUCAAUCACCUGCGCUCCCGCACCUCCCAUGGACAUGUCUGAACUUGGCGUAUCCUUUGCCCUCGGAAGUCUCUAUAACACCCAAGAUCCUUGCAAACUUCCUAUCAUUACUGGAUCGUCAGCCGAGGAGUUCUCAGAGUGGGCUUCUGAGUGGACGAGCUGGCAGGCGGAGUAUGUUUCCGAAUAUCGCGUUGUAUGGGAGGCGUGCAGUGAUGAUCCUGCCAUCACUGAUCUUGUGCCAGUUGGACCAGAUGCAUGUAGCACUCUGAAAGCUAAAAUCACUGGGACUUCUGCUGUAAAUGAGAAUAAAGACCAAGAUGGAGAGAAAGACGACGGUAGUAAAGGUGAUGAGCCGGAGGCUGUGGAUGGUGCUGCGGGUUCUCGUGUGACAGGCUCUUUAGUGGUUGCAUUGAUGGCUGGUGGUGUCCUGAUUGCAGGAUUAUGGUGA